AUGAUCAAGGAUGCGGCUGCAUCGUCCCCUCGGGCUUCUCCAGACGUGUUCGGUGAGCCCAAGAAGACUCAAGGCUUCCAGCCAUCAGACUGUACACAACAGGAUCCGUCCUUCUUUGUCCCUUCGGAGCAGUCGCAAUGGAUUUCGGUUCUGUCAACACCAUGUCCAUAUCCCGCGGUACAUUUCCACACGGUAAUGGAGAACCUCCUGCGCAAUCCGAAUGUCACCAGUACUCACCUGUUCCGGGCCGAGAUCCUCUACGACAGUGACUCGGACGGCAGCGACUAUCAACCAAUACGACUAAUAGACCAACUUAGGGGAUUCGCUUGGAGGCGAACGGUGGUCCGCAAGCUCAUCCCUCGCAACCCCAACUUAGACCGUCCUCUCCCGCAGACAUGUCAUUACUUUCAUUCGAGUUCCGCAGGUAUCAAGCAAGAUGCUGCACAACAGCCAUCGGACCAAAAAGAGGGGGAAUCGAAUCUGGUCAUCUACCUACCACACGUCUCAGAUCCGAGCUUGAUGCCUUUCUAUCACCCCCAAGCAAGUGCGGUUGCAACUUUGCAUGCAUUCGAUCAGCACUCAUCUCGAGGUAGCUUAUCAAUACACUAUCGUCCUUUUCCCUCCCAAGAACCCGGUUCUUCCUCCGACCUUGGAGCUGGCUUAUCGGAUCGGUUAUCUCGGACUGCCCUCCAUCUACUGCAAGUCAUCCACAAGCACAUGGCUGGUCGGGCGGCGGGAUAUACCAAACGUGUGCACCACGACCAGAUCAUCCCUCAGACCCGUCUCCAAGAUACCUAUACCCGUCUGAAGUUGAAGUACGCCAAGUAUUUGAUCACACAAUGGGUGGAGAGCACUGAUCCCUCGAAGCAUGUCUUCGAAGAUCUCGGGAUCGCAGCGUUUCUCAUCGAGCUGUGGCGGGACAUGUACGGGCCGGACCGGGAACACUGGAAAGGGUUCGUUGACGUUGGGUGUGGGAAUGGGGUCUUGGUGUAUAUCCUUCGCAGCGAAGGUUAUACGGGAUGGGGAUUCGACGCUCGGCGUAGAAAAACUUGGAGUGCGUUGGGGGAGGAUCUGCAGUCAUAUUUAAAAGAGAUGGUACUUAUACCUGAACCGAUGCAACAUAAAACGACGGAUCGGUACCCAACGGAUAUCCCAAGAUCCGAACUGGUGGACAAAAUCGAGACGCAUGACGGGCAGUUCCCCGAGGGAACCUUCAUCAUAUCCAACCACGCCGAUGAGCUGACGCUGUGGACUCCACUGCUCGCGUGUCUGACCAACAGCCCCUUCAUCGCCAUCCCAUGCUGCAGUCACAACUUCGAUGGAGCCCGCUUUCGAGCCCCAGCGAACCGAGCCAAGGACAAAAAGAAGGCGAAGGACCCUGGGCAACCAUCGGCGUACGCUUCGUUAUGUGAGUAUCUCUCAUGGUUGACCGCACAUAUUGGCUACGAAGCCGAAAAUGAGGUUUUACGCAUCCCAAGCACGAGGAACACUGCGAUCUUGGGUAGAACACGAACGGCGGAACCACGUCCACUUGACGAGCGGAGGCAAGCGGUCAUGAAGGUGGUGGAAGGGGAGGUGAGCGUCAGCAUCCACGAAGUGCACGAGAAAUGGGUGUCCAGGAUGGGUGGGAUCAUCAAGAAGCCUUGCGGACACUGA